CUUUGAUUCUCAUACGAGUCUCUCUCUUCUUCAAUGUUCUUUUCUUAGAACAUAAUAAUAAUAUUCGUCUUUGGUUUUUCUUCAGUGUUCUUUUCUAGUUAUUCUAGUCUAAAAAAUCAAAUUAAAACAGAAAAAUAUCAGUUAUGUCGUUGCUUGUUUUUCUUUUCCAAGUUAUAGCUUUAUCGGUCUUGUUCUUCUCCGAGGUGUGUCUUGCCGGUAAAAACAUUCCGGCGAAUUUUGUAUUCGGAGAUUCAUUGGUGGAUGUCGGAAACAACAACUACUUAGCCACAUUGUCAAAGGCUAAUUAUAUUCCUAAUGGGAUCGAUUUUGGAUCACCUACUGGGAGAUUCACCAACGGAAGAACAAUCGUCGAUAUCGUAUAUCAAGCAUUAGGUUCCGACGAAUUAACUCCACCGUACUUAGCACCAACAACAAGAGGAUAUCUCAUUCUCAACGGCGUUAAUUAUGCUUCUGGCGGAAGUGGAAUCCUCAAUUCUACCGGAAAAAUAUUUGGAGAGCGUAUAAAUGUGGAUGCACAACUAGACAACUUUGCAACGACAAGACAAGACAUCAUUUCUUGGAUUGGUGAAUCCGAAGCGGCUAAAUUAUUCCGGUCAGCAAUUUUCUCGGUUACGACCGGUUCAAACGAUCUAAUCAACAAUUAUUUCACCCCGGUGGUGUCAACCGUCGAACGGAAAGUCACAUCUCCCGAAGUCUUCGUGGAUACAAUGAUCUCAAGAUUCCGAUUACAACUCACCAGAUUGUACCAAUUGGGUGCGAGGAAAAUCGUGGUGAUUAAUAUUGGUCCUAUUGGUUGUAUACCGUUCGAGAGAGAGUCUGAUCCAGCGGCUGGAGAUGAAUGUUCGGUUGAACCAAAUGAAGUGGCACAAAUGUAUAAUAUCAAGCUUAAAAACCUAGUAGAGGAUUUAAACAAGAAUCUACAAGGUUCAAGAUUCGUCUACGCUGAUGUUUUUCGCAUUGUUUAUGAUAUCCUACAAAAUUAUGCAUCUUACGGUUUUGAGAGUGAGAAGAUUCCCUGUUGUUCAUUACUUGGGAAAGUAGGUGGGCUUAUUCCAUGUGGUCCAUCUUCAAAAGUAUGCUUUGAUUGUAGUGCGAAAAAUCCGACAUGGGCAUCGGUUACAUACGGCAUUUUUCUCUGCAUCGAUUGUUCAGCCAAUCAUCGGAGCCUCGGUGUUCAUAUCAGCGUCGUCAGAUCAACGAAUUUAGACUCAUGGAGCCCUGAGCAGCUUAGGGCAAUGAUGUUUGGUGGGAACUACCGCGCUCAGGUGUUCUUCAAGCAACAUGGAUGGACGGACAAUGGCAAUAUCGAGUCUAAGUACACUUCAAGAGCUGCUGAUUUGUAUAGGCAGAUUCUUGCUAAGGAAGUUGCUAAAGCCAUCUCACAAGAGACUACCACUGAUCAACCAAAAGUAUCUCCUGGGUUAUCUUCUUAUUCUGUCAAGGAAGAGUUACCUCCCAAAGAAACUUCUUCUGUGAUACAUGAAGCUACCAGUGCCACUUCUUCGCCUAAAGCUUCUAAUGAAGUUUUGCCUAGUACGUUUACGAAACCUAUCAUUGCUAAGAGGACAGGAAAAACUGGUGGUCUUGGUGCAAGGAAGCUUACUACUAAGCCAAAGGAAAAUCAUUAUGAGCAGACCCCGGAAGAGUCUGCUGCACUGCUUAUUCCUGCAGCAUCUUCAGCUAUUAACCGCGGAAUCAAAUCAUCGGCUGUUUUUUCAUCUGCCUCUCAGUUUGAGAACAAUGACGACUUGCAAUCCGGAGGACAAAGCGGUGGUGGUACACAAGUUCUUAGCCAUGUUGCUCCACCAAAGUCAUCAUCAAGCUUCUUAGCAGAUUCGGGAAUGGACCGCUCGUCGAUAGCUGAAGUUCUUAGCCGUGUUCCUCCAUCAAAGUUACCAUUAAGCUUCUUUUAUUUUACCGGAACGGACAUGAGUUGUUUCGUCAAGAAAUCAAGCUCCAGCUCGUCAAAAGUUCAAGUUGAAGAAUCAGAUGAAGCAAGAAAGAGGUUCUCAAACGCAAAGUCCAUUUCUUCUGCUCAGUUUUUUGGAGAUGAGAUGAAAUCUGCUGGUCUUGAUGAAUCAGAAACUACCCUUGAGGGGAAGAAUGAUUUCUGGUCGUUAGUGAACAAAGCAGCAUGCGAAGUGAAGGAGAAGCUCUUGUCGAAGUCGAAUCAUCAUCAAGAUAAAGUGAAUGACCUCCGUAGGGAAGUGACAAUAUUGAUGGAGAUACUUCAUGCCCAAGAUGCUGAUGCUAUCCCUCUUAUAACCCGUGAGCGAUGGGCUAACUUACUGUUUACACAAGCCGCUAUGCUUGGUCGACACACAGAUUGCCCCAUACUUAGAAGUGCUCAAAUCGAUGCGGGUAACUUACUGCGGGAGUUAAAUGGGCUCGCAUACAUCAAUUGAAAUAUAAACAACAUGUAAAGUUGUCUCAAAUCGAAUUUGUAACACUUGUUUAGAUCUCCAACAUGUUAACUUUUGUAUCCGAAGUUUGGUCGACGACCAGAAAAUCACCUUCAACAGAACAGUCUAUAUUGAAUAAAACGUCAAUUCUAAU